AAAACUAACUUUUACUAAUAGGCAUAGAAAUUUAAAUGCUUCGCAAUGAAUAUCAUUUUAUAUUUAUUACUUUUAACCACUUAUGCAAUUCAUUUAACUCAUGGCAGCAACAGAUAUGACGAUUAUGAGUUCCUACUGGAGAAGUGCUGCGAUUUGGGCACCACUCGAGCCAAACAACUACCGACCGGCGGCUGCCGUUUCCACAACACAUCCUUCGACCGGCUGAUGACAAACUCGGAAUACCGGCGCCAAUGCGAGCUCGUGGUCGAGAUCUGCUGCGUGAAAGAGCACCGGCAGAGAAACUGCGAGGAGGGCAAAGCGUUCGCCAAGAGCCGCACCAACUGCUCGGCCAUACACACGGCUAUUGUCACGCAAGUUGCCAACGAGUCGGCCAAAGACUGUUGCCUGUCGUGCGAAUUGGGUCUCAUGGCUAGCGGGGCUAACUUUCCCUGCACAUUCAACGCGCAUGGUACAUUUGGCCUGGGAUACCCCUACGAGGAUGUCUACUACGAGUGCUGCGCUCAGCCUAAACUAAUCGAUAACAACAUGAAUGCUGCGAUUAGUACGCGAAGAAGUGGCGCCGCAGUCAGUAUAUGCGACACCAACGCCUCUCCCUGUGCCCAUAACUGCUACGACCCGGGCGCUGAUGUCGGUCCCGUUAGGUGUUCCUGUUAUAAAGGCUAUCAAUUGGCGGUCGACGGCAGGGAUUGUAUUGAUGUGGACGAGUGCGACGAGAAGACCCAUAACUGCGAUAUCAGAUCCGAAGAGUGUGUGAAUAACUUCGGAAGUUUUCAAUGCGUGUCCAGAAGCGAGAGACUCGAGUCGCGGGAACUGCAUCCCUGUCCCGAUGGCUACAAGUGGAGCACUAGACUCCGGAGGUGCGGCGAUAUCGACGAGUGCUUUGAAAACGCCGACAAUUGUAACCGAUUGACACAUGUGUGCAAAAACCAAUUGGGAUCCUUUCAGUGCAUACUAUUAGGCGAUACCUGUCCCCCGGGUUUCAAGCGGGGGCCCAAUGGGGACCGCGACUGUCAGGACAUUGACGAGUGUGUGGACCGGAGCCAAAACGGGUGUCAGGAGCCGCUCGAGACCUGUAUUAACUCAGUCGGCGGCUAUUAUUGCGAGCAAAUCCCCGACUCGAGCCCAGAGACCACCACCGGAGCCCAGAGCACAGACCCGACGCAAUGCAAACAAGGCUACCGGUUCUCGAAGCUCACCUACCGAUGCGAGGACAUCGACGAGUGCCGCAUCGGACAACAUAUCUGCAAUCUGGCCACUCAUAACUGCGUCAACACCGACGGUUCGUACAACUGUUUGCCGUUAGUGUCGGCCGACUCGCAGGAGGACUGUCGGCCCGGAUUCCGACGCAACCGCUGGUCCAAGGAGUGCGAAGACAUCAACGAAUGCGAGACAGAGUACAUGCCCUGCCGUCGGGACCAGUCCUGUCGUAAUACUGUCGGCAGUUAUGUCUGUUACUGUCAGGCCGGUUAUAUCAAAGAUGGUGUGACGGGCGAGUGCAAGGACAUCAACGAAUGCCAAUUGGGAACGCAUACCUGUCACCACACACUCCGGUGCGAUAACACCAUCGGCUCCUUUCACUGCGUUCGCGUCCAAGACUGCGGCACCGGUUAUACCAUUAACGCCGAGACCGACCUAUGCGAAGACAUCAAUGAGUGUGAGAUCGGUACCGAUAAUUGCGGGCAAGACUUCCGGUGCAGGAAUAUCGACGGCUCGUUCAAAUGCGAUCGCGUCACGUGUCCCUACGGUCAGCACCUGACCAUCGAUGGCAACUGUCGGCCCAACGACUGCGAAGGCGGCAAAAUGUUUAACCAAACGCUCAACCGCUGCGUGGAUAUCAACGAGUGUCUGAACGCUCCCUGUGCUGCCAACCAGAAGUGUAUCAAUACUGUGGGUAGUUAUCGGUGUAGUCACUAUUGUACGCCCGGCUACCAGCCCACCAAAUAUGGCAAUGCUUGCGAAGACAUCGACGAGUGCCUGUUGGGUACGCACGAGUGCACAGGUAUGCAGAUCUGUCGCAACCGGCCCGGGAACUACAUCUGCGAGUGUCCGUUGGGUUACAUACUCAACAUGAACCGGGACUGCGAGGACAUCAACGAGUGCACCCGUUUCGGGUCCAGUGUCUGUCCGCCGGACACAUCCAUAUGCGUCAACACCAUCGGCUCCUAUCGGUGUCAAUGCAAAGCAGGCUUCGAAGAGGACGGCUCCGGGCGCUUCUGUCAGGACGUUGACGAAUGCCUGUCCGGCCACCGGUGCUCCGACAAGUGCUUCAACACGUGGGGCGGGUACCAGUGCUCGUGCGAGUCGGGCUAUAAGCUGUCGGCCGAUAACAGGACGUGCGUUGACGUCGACGAGUGCGACGAGUUUGAGCGGAAA